AUGUCCAUCCCUGUCUGGUUCGUGGAACGUGAGAUUCCCAUGCUGUACUCUUUUCAGCCUACGCCCGCGAAAGGCCUCUCGCCGGCUUCGAGAUGCGCCCUGGAAUAUCUGAAUGAGGGCGGAGCAAAUCUGGUGUACCGAAUUUUGCCGAAACCUCAUGGAGAACUUCCCACGAUAUUAAAGAGCAGGUUGCUGCGACUCCGGAAAGACCUGCCCCAUAUACCUACCGCGGAGGAACAAUUGAAGGCUCUUGACGAGGAUUUUCGUCCCCUUUUCGCUCGGGAUAACCUGGUCGAGCAUGAGCUGAUUGCUCUGGAUCAAAAUCUGCCUUUGCUGCUGAAUGAUGCUCUCCAGAAGACGGUCCGCCCCGGUCACAGAUCCGGAGAUUUCUUGCCUGUGGAGCAGAUGUCUGCAUUGCUGGUGACAGAUAUGACUCCUGAUACUGGCGAGGUCUUGCUCCAGAUCAAACCGAAAUGGCUCGCGCAGUCGCCGACCGCGCCACCAAACGCCAGACGCUGUCGGACAUGUGCUCUUCGUGCCCACAGAGCAUCACAACGAAUACGCACGGCGACCGAUGCACAAGAAACUUGUCCUCUCGAUCUCAUCAAUCCAAAUCUCGAGCAACGAAGAGAAGCCAUACAUGCGUUGACCACGGACAGGCGUCUGCGCGAAUAUCUCCUCGAUCAAUGUCAGACCCUAUUACAACAGCUUCGCUCUUGCCAGAUAGCCUUCGAUAAGUGCGGAGUAUUGAAGACUUCGGACGCAGGCUCGAUCUCUUCGCUGUGCAAAGCGAUGACCCUUCGGGACUGCACUCUGUUCUUGAAGCGUUCUGGUAAUGCCAUAGAGGCCCGCCUUGGGGAUCUCGAUCUCAAGCAACCCGAGAAACUCGCAAAGUGGGAGAAGGUCGAAAGCACGCUGCUUGACGAAGGUUGGUAUCUCAAUUCCGAGGCCGACGAGUCGUGGACGAGAGAAGAGAUAUGCGCUCUGGCGCGCACCUGA